AUGUCUGCGGCCAUGAGACCCAGAUCGGCGCCGAGUGCGACGAGGUCGGAGCAGGCUCCGGACAGCACAGUGGCUGAGCUGAACUGUCAAGUCCCAGCAGAGAGCAGAAAAACACAGCUUCCUCCGGUCAACAACCAGAUCAUCCCAGAUGAACUGCUGGUCAGCCUUUCCUCCACUGUCUGUAACAGGAUUACUCUGGGUCACACUGCACACAAUCGGCACUGCAAGGGCUGUGGAAUCAGGCGGCCAGAUGCCGUCUGGCAUCACCCCCUCGGUCGCAAGAAAUACAAAUACUUUCUUGAGCAGCCAACAUCUGUAACUGGAGCCGGCAGGGACAUCUCCUUCCUGUGUGAUGCUGUUGUAACCCAGAGGAAGUCAGAACCCCUCCCACCAGUGACUGACAAGAGUGGCAUUGGAGACACACAGAAUGUAUGCAUCACAGAAAGUCUGAUACCAGAAGAAUAUCACGUCGUGAAAAACAAAGGGCUGCGGAGCCUCGAGCUCUAUGAGGAUGCGUUUACAGUUCAGCUGCAGGAUGAUGAUCAGAAGCUCAGGGUCUUCCCAUCACUGAGGCCCAGUGGCAGACUAGAAGUGGUCCAGCUGAUGAGGAUGAUGGACGACAUGCUGGUGAAGGCCGGGGUGGAUCAGCAGAGUGAGGAGCUGACUGAGCACUCCCAGAUGGAGCAAUUGUUGGAGCUGGUGCAGGUUGAGCAGAAUAUCUACAACAUUGUUUUCCAUGAACUGAUCAGGCAGGUCAGUGUGAGCUGCUCAGAGAGAGGACAACUGCUCGCCAAACUCAGACAGCGCUAUCAGUCUCUGAUCGAGCGGAUCCCUCGGCAUCUGAAGGCUCUUCACACUGAGGCUGUGGCACAGCGGGCUCUUGACCGACGGCUAACUGAGGAGAUCCAGCACAUCAAGAUAUCCAUGCAGCAGCUCAGCAUGGAGCUUUCCAAAAUCCGAGAACAUGAUGCCUUUGUGUCCCAGCAGGCAGAACUCGCUCGUCGGCAGCUGGCUGGAGCACUCGAUCAGACUAACACCAGUACAGAUAUGGUCCAGGGAUAUCACGAGCUGUAUGAGCUGCAGAGGUGUCGCCUUGAGGGUCAGCUGCUCCAGAUGACCGAGGAGAGAGACAACUGGAGCCAGCUCACCUUCUGCCUCGCCCUCAAGGUGAUCAGUGUGAAGAAGCUGCAGCUGAUCAGUCAGCUGCACAACACUGAGCAGAGCUGGUCAAAGACAGCAGAGCACUGCAUCAUCUAUCUGUCAUCAAAGGACACGGAGGACCUGAAUAGCAUCAUGGAGCUAUGUGACUAUUGGAAGGAGCAGCUGACUGCUCUCGUGUCUCAGAUGAAGAAGAGUGAGCACGGUCAGUGCGAACACAUCACUGCAAUCCAGCAAGGCAUCAACAAGUGGCUCACCUUUUGCAUCGCACAGAACAAGUGUCCGGAACCAAAGUAUGAGACAACUUCACUGGGAAAAAUCCAUGUUUAUUUGAAGGAGUGCUCAAAUACGCUGACCCUCCUGUGUGAGUGCUACCAAGGUGAGAAGCUACUUGGCUGCCAGCAGACACUGGGGGCGCUUGCCCGUGUCCAGGAGAGCUGGCUGAAUAUGAGCCUUGAGCUGUUCAGAAGACAUCCUUCCCUUGACGGUGAAGCCCCUGAAGGCCAACGCACCUUAAGAGACCUUGACAAGGACUUAUCUGAGCUCCUCAAACAGCUGGACACACAAGUCAGUGGAGAGACUGGGAUCCACGGACAGAUCAAGUCACUUCAGGGGUCCAUGGGGUCAUGGGUUUCAAAACUUGGUGCAGUGAUUGACCGGCCAGAACUGAUACCCAUCUCUGAUUGGCCAAAGCUUGAGAAUGCUCUGCGCAACUGGCAGAGUUUAGCCGAAGAGGCCUUGAAGCACUUCUCCAGCAUGCAGGCAGAGGACAAAAAGGAGACAAAUAAACCCGACAUAUUUAAAGCGACAGAAGAUGUGUUGUUCAAAGUGCAGGCGUUUAUAUCCAAUGUGUCAAACUUCACGGUUGGUGAGAACCAACGGCUCAGUGAGGAGGUCACUUCUAUUCACAUGGCUCAGACCCGCUGGAUGUUGGAUCUGCUGCUCCUCAUGGUACCUGACCACAGCGAGGACCAGAACCAAAUACAGGAACAGCAUGUCACAAUGAACAUCUCACUGCAGACAUUGGAUGAAGAUGCAGAGAUGCUGGCUGAAAGACUGGACUAUUUUUCCAAAUAUAUGACCAGCUCUUGCAAGUUGAUUCUGGAGGAGAAUAUCCAGCAGAACCCACAUGAAGCUGGAGGUGAAAAUGAGAUGAAUGAAUACACAAAGCUUCAGAGGGAGCGCACUGAUUGGGUGGAGACUUGUAAAAUCCUGCUCUCAGGUUUGAAGGGUCCUGUGGAGCUGCCUGUCAGACAGGCUGACCCCGCCUCUAUCAGUGAUGCUCCAGUUCCCCCAGCAGACAACAUGAACACUGUGAUAAAAAGAGAACUUCUAGCAGAGCCUACAGCAAACAGUGAUGUCAAACAGGAGCCUGAGGCAGAACAGAGAGAGGGGGAGCUCACAGUUUGUGAGAGCCCAGUGGUGAAGCAGAUUGGCUAUGAUGGACACAUUACAAGCAGAAAGCUGGGACAGAGCCGUGUCCACCUGAAUGAGACUGAGGAGCUGGUUGUGUCUCCAGAUACAGAUGAUGCCCAAAGAGCUUUUAGUGAUCUGACCACAGUAGGAUUACUGCAGCAGGAACUGCGUGAUUCAGAACUGCGGGUCCAGAGUGCCGAGCAGCGAGCACUGAAGGCAGAGGAAGAUCUGCAGACAGCGUUGGAGAGGAUUCAGGACCUUGAGAGAAAACUACAGGCUCAGCCCAGCCUGGAGCCCAAAAGUAGUGAAGAGAUGAAGAAAACUCCACCACCUUCAACACCACCUUCAACACCCCUAUCUCCUCCAAAGAAGAGCACAGCUGAAGCCAAACCAUCGAGCAGCAGCAAAACGACCAGAAAGCGAUGAUAUGACAUGUGAUCAGGACUUCUUACAACUCAGCUAUCCAUUUGGCUGAUUGUCCUGUUAAAGUCGGCUGAAUUACUUUUAGGGUUUAACGUCUGCUUCAUGCAUUUUCUCUUUCUUUGAACUCUUAUCACAGUAAAACCAACAAAACCAGUAAAGGAAAACUAACCAACACAUGGAGUGGCACAGAAGUUU